AUGGCGACUCGCACUGGCUCUCGGGACUCCAUUGGCACGAGGGACUCGCGCGUAGAGCUCCCCAGCCGCCAUUAUCAGAUCACUCCAGGCAACUCCCCCCGAAACUCAGCCACCUCGGCCGAUCUCAAGCGCAUGUCAGCGCCACCAUCCGCAAACCGAAGCUCUUACCGUGGCUCUUAUAGUGAGAUCUCUCUGUACGACCAAGAUUCGCGCCCAGGCUCCUCUCGUCCCAGCACCGGUACGGUCGUUUCGCAAGUGACCAUCUCCAAUGCUCAAGCACCGAAGCCGCGCGCCGCCAAGUUCAGCGAGGCAUGGUACGCAUCCGAGUCGCUCGUCAACCGGACACAAGAGCGUAACAGGGCUAUGAAUGCCCAGAACGCCGCCAGCAAGCGUCGCGCUUACGAGGCGCUGAACCAAAGCUACGACAUGCCUGAGUCUGACACCGAGUCCGACAACGAUGCCGAGAAUGACGAGAACAGCGGCGACCUGGGCUCCUCGACGAAGCAGCACCCGAACCCUCUGCGCUCGAACCCGACUCCGCUCUCUGCCGUGUCCGCGCGCCCCAAGACGCCUCACUACAGUGCUGUUGCGCUGUCCGAGGUCAGUCUAAAUGACCGUCGGGUCAGCGGCAGCAAGGAUAUUGCGGAUGAGAUGCCCGGGCGCACCCUAACUGCAAGCCCGUCAAAGGCGAAGCGGAACACUUGGGCGCCUGCGCCAGCGCCGCGGGUCCGUAACAGCUCGAUCCAGCCGGAAGAUGCGUUCUUCGCGAAGCCAUAUGGCGAGUUGAAGGCGGCGACGCCGCCCAUCAUCAUCGGUGCCAACAGGCAGGUGUCCUCGGGCAACGACUACGACAUGAGCAACAGGUAUGCAACAUUCGGCAGGCGGAAUGUGAGUGGCAAGAUUGCCGAGGAAGGAUUGGCUGGUGGAAAUGGUCGCUAUUCACGUUAUAGCGUCUUGAACGACGACUAG